UUUUUCUUUAAAAAGCUAUGGUUGGAAAAGGCUCCCCAAGGUUCAACAUAGGUGGUUCCCCAAAGUUGCGUAGGUUCAUUCCUACAACAAGUGCUACUAAAAAGAAGACUUCUCCUAAAUGCAGUGGGGCAAAAAAGAGUGGAAGUUCUCCAAGAGUGAAACAAAGAGCGGAUUGGAAUCCAGACCUUGAGAGGUCUCUGGUUGACAUUCUCCAUGAAUUUAAAGAUAGUGGAUAUAGAGGUGACAAUGGUUGGAACUCCGAAGGGUGGAAUAGAAUGGUCAAGGAGUUUCAUGUGAGGAACAAGUAUGUCUCCUUUACAAAGUCCCAAAUUCAGGAUAAAGAAGGUCAGCUGAAGAGAGACUACAAGAUGCUCAAAGCAGCAAAGCAACAGAGUGGGUUCACCUGGAAUGAGAAAAGGAAUAUGGUUGAAGGACCACCAGCUUUGUGGGAGAAUCUCAUGGUGACAUUUCCUAAAAUGAAGAAGUUUAACAACAACAAGGCAACCUUCCCGCUCUUUGAUGCUUUGGGAGAGCUUUAUGAUGGACACUUGGCUGAAGGGACUUGGAAUUGCACUUCUCUUGAGGCACCGCAAGAGGAAGAACCGAAUGAGCAACUUCAGGAUGCAGAAGAUAGACCACAAGGCUUUGAUCUGAAUGUUGUUCAUGAUGUAGAUGAUGAAGUUGAUGAUGCACUCACUGAAAGGAAUGAAGAUAUGCUUCAAGGAAGGGCUAAUACUCUGUCACGAGAUGAAGAAAGUGGACAGCGAAGACCUGCUGCGUCAAGAAACAAGCAAGAAAAGGAACCAAAGAAGCCUGGAAAGAAUGAUAACAUAGAAAAUAUGAUGAACAAAUACAUAUAA